CUGAUAGCGAGAGAGGAGGAACAGGGAGAGAGAGAGAGAGUGAGUGAAAAAGAAAGAGAGCGAGGAGGAGAAUCCAUGAGAGACCUGUACCGCAUUACACGAAAUAACGAGCACAGGCACACACUUUCACACACACAGCACAUGCUACUGCAGAGCUGACACACACCGCGGAGAGAAGAGAUUGAACAGCGAAAUCUCUGCGGUCACGUUACAGGCAACACAGGUCUGAGUAGUUGCUGUUUUAAUCAGUGAGGACACAGAGGAUAUCGUUGACACAUUUACGUCAGAGACGUAUCAGGACCCAACCAGGAGUCGUGACGGGAGAGGAACGCCAAUCAGAGGAGAGAGAUGUUGGUGCAGGGCGGGCCUUGGGCCCUGUCUGUCAUGUCAUUGCUCCUGCUGCUGUGGCAAGAAGUGCCUGCUAUCGAGGUUCCUCUUGAUCCAAAGAUCCAGCAGGACUUGAAGCAGCCUCCCACCAUAGGGAAACAGUCGUUGAAGGACUACAUUGUUGAUCCCAGAGAUAACAUCAUCAUUGAAUGUGAGGCCAAGGGGAACCCCGUGCCAACGUUCUCAUGGCGACGGAACGGGAAGUUCUUCAACGUGGGGAAGGAUCCACGGGUGACGAUGCGGAAGCGCUCGGGAACUCUGGAGAUUGGCUUCCGGAGCGGAGGGAGGCCAGAGGACUAUGAGGGAGAAUACCAGUGUUUCGCUUCUAACGACUUUGGAACGGCGCUGACCAGCAAGAUCCUACUGCGAGUGUCGAAGUCCCCUCUGUGGCCUAAGGAGGUGUUGGAGCCAGUGGUAGUGGGUGAGGGUUCUUCCCUAGUCUUGGCCUGUAACCCUCCUCCAGGCCUGCCCCCUCCACACACCUUCUGGAUGAACAGCGCCAUGAUGUCUAUAACCCAGGACAGGCGUGUGUCCAUGGGUCUGAAUGGAGAUCUGUAUUUCUCUAACGUUCUGGCUAAAGACUCACACACAGACUACAGCUGCAACGCCCGCUUCCUCUUCACACAUACCAUCCAGCAGAAGAACCCCUUCACACUCAAAGUGCAGACCAAGGAGCCGUAUAACGACACUUCCUCUGUCAACUCCACUGACCCAUAUGGCGGUCGUAAGGUAGCAGAGACCACCCCUACCUUCCUCUCCCCCACGGGGACUGACAGCUCAAGGAUGAUGGUGCUGAGAGGACAAAAGCUACAGCUGGAGUGUAUCGCUGCCGGAGUUCCCACCCCCAUUAUAAAGUGGUUUAAGAAGGGAGGAGACCUGAACCAGAAGGUGAAGCUAGACAACUACAAUAAGACUCUGCGUAUUGACAGUGUGUCAGAGGAGGAUGCAGGGGAGUACAUGUGCAUGGCCAACAAUCAGAUAGGAAGCAUCCGACACUCCAUCUACGUCCAGGUUAAAGCGGCUCCCUAUUGGCUGGACAAGCCGUCCAAUCUGGUGUUAGCGCCGGAUGAGAACGGUCGUCUGGUGUGUCGGGCCAAUGGGAACCCCAAACCACUCAUCCAGUGGCUGGUCAACGGAGAGCCUAUGGAGAGCGAUAGCUCCCUGCCCAACCCCAGCAGAUCGGUGGUAGGUGACACCAUCAUCUUCCGCUCGGUUCAGAUAGGCAGCAGCGCUGUGUACCAAUGUAACGCCUCCAAUCACCAUGGUUACCUGCUGGCCAACGCAUUCGUCAGCAUACUGGACAUGGCUCCCAGGAUGCUUGGUCCUAAGAACCAGCUGAUAAAGGUGAUAGAGAACAACAGAACCUUCCUGGACUGUCCCUUCUUUGGCUCGCCAUUUCCUGAGCUACGUUGGUUUAAGAAUGGUCAGGGCAGUGGUCUGGACGGUGGUCAAUACCGGGUCUACAUCAAUGGGAGCCUAGAGAUCAAGCGUGCGCGGGCUGAGGACCAGGGGACAUACACCUGUGUGGCCAGCAACAUCCUGGGCAAGGAGGAGAACCAGGUCCGCCUCGAGGUCAAAGAGCCAACCCGUAUCGUCAGGGCUCCAGAGCACCAGUCGGCAAUCAGAGGCACCAUGGCUCGUUUUGACUGCCGGGUCAAAUCAGACCUCACCCUGCCCAUCACUGUUACCUGGCUGAAGGAUGACAAGCCCCUCUCUCUGGGAUGGAGGUUGAAGAAGGAUGAGGAUUCCCUGUCCAUCCCUAAUGUCCACGAGCAGGAUGAGGGAACAUACACCUGUACUGUUAAAACAGAGAUCGACCAAGACACUGCCUCAGCACGCCUUACUGUGUUAGAGGAUGCCUCCCUGUAUCCCUCACAGUCUAGUGCCUUGCCUGCAGACCGUCCUGACUCUCCCAUUGACCUGGAGGUGUCUGACCCUGCAGCGCGCAGCGUACGACUGACCUGGAUACCUGGAGAUGACCACAACAGCCCCGUCACACAGUUCCUGGUUCAGUUUGAGGAGGACCGCUGGGAGCCUGGCCAGUGGCAGAACCUGUCUAGUUACCCCGGAGAUCUCAACUCUGUCAUCCUGCAGCUCUCUCCCUUCGUCAACUACCAGUUCAGAGUCAUCGCUGUCAACUCUGUGGGCAAGAGCCGCCCCAGCAGCCCCUCGCAAAGAUACCAGACCAGCGGAGCCUCUCCUGAUGCUAUCCCUAGUGGCCUGAAAGGCUGGGGCACCAAGAACACAAACAUGGAGAUCAGCUGGGAGCCCUUGUUGGACACAGAGCGAAACGGCCCUAACCUGCACUACUUGGUAGGGUGGAGGCGGAAGGAUACGGGGGAGGAAUGGAGUAAUGUGACUACGGUGGGGGCGAAGCACAUUGUCCAUGACACAGAGACCUACGUUCCCUAUGAGAUCAAACUGCAGGCCAGGAAUGACUUUGGACCAGGACCUGAGUCUAACAUCAUCAUAGGAUAUUCUGGGGAGGACAAGCCUACAGCCCCUCCCACGGACCUGCGUGUGUCUAAGAUUGACAGCACCAAGGUCAACGUCCACUGGACCCCGGUAGACCCCAGCACUGUACUGGGAGAGUUCAAGGAGUACAGGCUGUACUACUGGCGUGAGGGCAGCAUGGUGAAGGAUCUGCAUGUGAAUAAAGAGAAGAAGACUAAAGGGUUCUACAGUACCGUGGCCCAGCCUACAGGCGUACUGUCAGACCUACAGCCAUACAGUCACUACCGCAUGUUUAUGGUGGUCGCCAACAGUCGUUAUGAGGGGCCGCAUAGCAACCAUGUGGAGUUCCAUACCAAGGAAGGAGUGCCAGACCUUCCUCAGUUCUUUAAAAUCGUCCAGAGGAGUCCAGACUCUAUCCACCUGGAGUGGGACAAACCCCUGGAGCCUAACGGCAUUCUGAUUGGAUACACACUCAACUAUCAAGCAGUGAACGGGUCACGUGUGGGCCGUAUGCAGAUGGAGAGUUUCCUCCCUAACGUGACAGCCUACAGACUCCGCUUGCCAGACCGAGCUAUCCGCUACAAGUUCUACCUGGCAGCCCUCACACAGGUGGGAGCAGGGGAGGUCUACGCUGAGGAGUCUCCUCACUUCACCAACGAAGUCGAGCCUACAGACGUCUCCGUGUCUACAACUGUCCCUCCUCCUCCUCCUCCUCCUCCCACUACUACCGCUGCUACUACAACCAGUAGUACUACUACUACUACUACUACUAUUACUACUACUACUAUUACAACUCCUAGCACUACUACUACUACUACCACAGCUGCUACUGCUGCGACUACUACUACCACUCCUGUGUUGGUUACCGUCACCAAGCAAGCAGAUAAGAAUGUGUUGGUAGGCAUGGCUCCUGGGAGGGUGAUCUGGAACCUGACGGUGGAGCCUAACAGUAACUACGCUAACGUCAGCUGGAACCACAACUUCCCGGCCAGCAGCAGCGAGUUCCAGCUAGAGUUCACACUGGACAGCAACGGCAGUGUGUCAAGCGUACCGGUGAACCAGCCGCCCAUUAAGCUGGCGGGGCUGAUCGAAGGGGCCAAGUACCGCCUGAGGGUGUACUCCAAUGAAUACCACAGCAUCUCCAGCAAUGUUGUCACCUUUGAGACCAGCGCAGCCUACAUUAAAGACCAGGUGGACAUUGCUACCCAAGGCUGGUUCAUCGGGCUGAUGUGUGCCAUCGCUCUCAUCAUCCUCAUCCUUCUCAUUGUCUGCUUCAUCAAGAGGAGUCGCGGAGGCAAAUAUCCAGUACGAGACAAAAAAGAUCUCCCUCUGGAGGGAGUGGAUCAGAAGGGAGAGGACGGAUCAUUUGACUACCACAGCGACGAGGACAACAAGCCUCUGCAGGGCAGCCAGAACUCUCUGGACGGCGGUGUGAAGGAGAGUGACGACAGCCUGGUGGACUAUGGCGAGGGAGGGGAUGGCCAGUUCAACGAGGACGGCUCCUUCAUUGGCCAGUACACCGUCAAAAAGGACAAGGACGAGACGGAAGGCAACGAGAGUUCCGAGGCAACCUCACCCGUCAACGCCAUCUACUCGCUGGCAUAGCUCCCCAGCCCGGCCUGGGGAUCUGAGGAACUCAUCCUAGCGGUUGGAGGGUGAUAUUACCACUACUACUACUACCACACACACAUACACAAACACACACACUUAUGAAUAUAUGAAUAUAUAAAAACACGUAUACACAUGUAAACACACACAGCGCCUACCUGGAGACUGCUUGGCCUCUUAAAACGGAGGGAGAAACCAUUCCUCUGAGAAUUAAGGGGGGGUGAAUGGAAGGGAGUUGAAGUUACAGUGAGCCAAGCCUUGACGUUCGGCUCUAGAAAUGGCUUGCCGAGGCGAAGUUUGGGAUUCUUGAACAGUACCAGUUUCUCUAUGCUCCUCCUCCUGCCCCUCACACAGACUUUAGUGUGCCUAAAGGGCUGGCCUCAGUUAUAGAGGACUAGAGGAAACGCUGAGGUUUUCAACCAUUUUGUGUGGCUCUAGAGCUUUCUUUUGUUUUCAACAUACUCAGCUUUCCCCCCAAACCUCUCUUUUUCUCUCCACACACAUCCUCACGCCCACCUGUGUCUUUACCGAGCGUCCCUAGGGAAGGAGACACAGACACUCGUCCUGUGAACAUAUCAGCUACGGACCACCAACAUAGCAGGAUGUCGGCAGAUAUGUUUAUCACAUUGAUAUUUCCAGAGAGAGAGAGAGAGUUAUUUGUUCAUAACUGAUACAGCAGAUUAGUCAUUUUAAUAUAUGAAUGCUGUAAACAGUGCUAGCUCACCUUCUAGUGUGCUGCAAAACUAUGCACUACCACCACCUCAUGUUUUUGGGUAAAGUCUGGUUAUUAAUUCAAUUGUUGUUGUUUUUUUCACAGGUUUAAAGAAGAAUAACUUGCUUAAUGAAAUGCUAUCGUUCCCUUGCCUUCCCGCUGUGGUAAAUGUACCUAUGUUUCACCUCCAAACUCAAGUCGUGUGGAGAUAUUCAAAAUGGCCACAGCUAUAGCAAUGCCAUUCCUGCCUCAAGCUUUUUUAUAGUACAAGCCACUACUAUGUCAGUUAUAAAUGACAUUAAAAAUAUAUUUUCAAGCAUGAUAGUACUUUAGUGCAAGAGACCAAGGACAAGUAGCUUGGAGAGGAUGUUUGCUCUGCUUGUUAAACAACUGACAAACUCUCUGUCUACCUGUUUGUAUAUCUCUAUGGCGACUGGCACGCCGAGGAGGUGACUCACUUCCUGUUUACUUCAUGGUUAGCAUGGCUGUGAUCCUUAGGCUAGGCUUGAUCUGCACCCCUUUUGUCUGCUUCUUUUAUAACUAUCAUUAGAGGUAGGCUGAAUCUGCAGAGGCAGGACUUCCUUCUCAACCCUUCAGAACUUAUUUGGAAUCAUAAUUGACUGUUGAACAACUCAAAAUAAAACUAAAGACUGCUACAAAACAUAUUUUAUGUCUUUGAAUAUAGGAUACAGACAACUCUGUGAAGGUAUUGAACAUCCCUGCAGAUUCUGCCUGGCCCUAGUCAUCAUUGACAUGUAGCCAUUAUGUCAAGGAAGUGUGAAGAAGUUGGGGUGCACCAAUACAGUGGUGGACCACCAUUUUACCACUGAUACAGUGGUGGACCGCCAUUUUACCAUUUGAUCUUUUCAAUAGUAGAACUCACUCAUGAGUCUACCUUGAUGUUUCACCUCUCAAAGUGGUAGAAAGCUCAGUACCCACAUGUACAACGUAUUACAACGGCACUACUAAAGUAUUUCAUGUUAAAUCAAAUAGAUCUUAGCUAAUCAAUGGCAAUUAGCUAACAGACAUCACAUUGUAUUUCAGGUGUUUAUUUCAUAUUUUAGUUUAUUACAUUAUGUUUAUAGAAUUAAUUAAUAUAUUAGUAAUUCACUUAUUAAUUAUUGAAUACACUUUUUUGACCAACUGACUUGAUGGUCUCACAUCAGAACCAGGAAGAAGAAAAUUCACUGUAUGACAUCUUUUGUGGCGAAGGGUAUUUCUGCUGUAAACUAACAACAUUGACUGUCACCAUUAAAGAGGUUGUGUUGAUCUAUUCAUGGUGCUGCUCUUCAUGUUGAGUAUUCAUGUUAUAUUAAUGUUAGUAUUCCAUGUUCGUAUUAUCAUUUAUUUAAUAUAACUUUCACAUAAUACAGAAAUGUAACAUUGCAUUUGACAUACUGUAGCUAUAAGUAGGUCCUGAAUUUUUAUUUAUUUGUAAAUAUCUAUCAGAAAAACAGCUUUAUGAGUAAAAGAAAGAAUUACAAAUCUGUAUCCACCAAGCAAAUGUACCUGGUGCAUCCCAAGAAUGAUGACAUGUGUAUCUUAUGAUUGGGACUCAAAAUGACUUAACCGAUAUUGUCCUGAAGAACUUGCUUUGAAAUGUUAAUAUAUGGCCUGUGUCUCUCUGUCGGUAACUUUUCUGAUCAUCACUAAUUCAAAAGAAACAGUUGAGAAUAAACACUAUGUUGUGGAACAGGUAUACAGUAGACCUAGUCAGCCUCUUUAUGGUGUAAAUAAAAGUGCUCAUGAAAUGUAUCAUUGUAGCAUUCUCUGCACACAUGUUCAGAGCAUAUGGAAAAAAGGCAUUUGCUGAGGUAACCGAUAGCCAAUUCCCCCCUACUUUGUUUGUUUUUAUAUUAAGGCAAACCCAGACUUUCUUAAGGCUGCACAGACUCAUUCUCUCAUCAUGCCUUUCACCUAAAAUGCCUGCUGCUGCACCCCUCCUGGUGACAGCCCAGUGACAGGUGGCCGUUUUGACAACAAACCUUAAAGACUGCUGAAUCACGGAAUGUUCGAUGACAGAACUUUAGCCUUGAUCUCACCGUUGUUUGAGUUCGGGUCACGAUACUGUACAAGCUCUUUCCCUUGACAGCCUUUGUCCUUUCCCUGUGUGGAUCCUAAAGGGGGAAUUAGUGAACUGGCUAGAAAACAAUAAACAGAGAAUUAUGCAUAUUUGCUGAUACACAGUG